CGACAGGAGGUCAAACAGCUGGAUGCUGCCUCCCAGAGAGGCUACAGCUCCGCAGGAGGACAGUGUCCGGUGGAGAGCUGACAGAGGAGCCAGCCUGUCCGGAUACAAAAAACCCACACAGAGACCGGGAGCUUUCAGGUUUCUUCCAGUGGGUGGAGAAGAUGCGCCCUCCAACCUUAAAUUUCCAAUCAUGGCUCAUCCUAAGAAUAUAAUUAUCAAAUAUUUUCAUGUCUCCUUUUUGGGGAAGUCGUUGGCCAAGCUGCUAUUUUACUUCUCAUUUAGAGAGCAGUCAAACAUCUGGGUUUGUAUCCUCUUCUAAGCUGGAUGAGGGUUUGGUAAACGAUGAGAAAGAAUGUCGGGGUGAAAGUCGAAAGGACUCUUUGGAUCUUUGACACAACAGCUAAUGGGGGCUUCCAAAAGGUCCAUCAUACAACAUCGUUCAGGCAGUUAUUUUUUCUUUACUGGAACUUUACUGCUGCUUUCUUUUGUUGGGGUAAUGGCUUGCCCGCAUGUCUGCCAUUGCUCGGAGAGGAACGGCAAGGUGGUGCAGUGCACCUCACGCAACCUGGAGAUCAUCCCAGCCAACUUACCCAAGGACACAGUUGUUCUCCUGCUGUCGUCAAACCGAAUCAGGCAUGUCCAUAAGGAGGCCUUCGCAGACCUCAAGCAUCUCAGGGAGCUUGAUUUAUCCCACAACUCACUUGAGAGCGUGGAAGUCGGCUCCUUCCAAGGAGUUUUGGACAGCCUGCGUACCUUGGAUCUUUCAAACAACCGACUCAGCAGUCUCCCAAGAGAGACCUUUACCAAGUUGCACGCCCGGAUUCGCCUGUCCAACAACCCAUGGAACUGUGAUUGCUCCCUCCAGGAAGUUUUAAGGGAACUGAAGUUGGAUCCAGAGACGGUCAACGAGGUCAGCUGCCAAACAUCCGUGCAGGAGGAGUACGUGGGGCAGCCAGUGAUCCAAGUCUUGGACUCGGGGAUCAACUUUUGUAACUUCCACCACAAAACGACAGACAUGGCCAUGUUCAUAGCAAUGUUCUGCUGGUUCUUCAUGGUAACGGCUUACAUUGUUUACUAUAUCAAACACAACCAAGAGGACGCCAGGAGACACAUGGAGUACCUAAAGUCUUUGCCCAGUACCUCCCAUAUCAGCAAGGACUACGACACAGCCAGCAGUGUGUUUUAGUGUCACAGACAAUGAGGAAAUCUAAGGACAGACAUUUGCAGAGUUUGGAAAAAGCAUUUCCACCAUUUUAGAUUUUUAUUUUGUCCCACACAUUUAGAUCAAACUUCCAAAAAUGUUACAAAAUUUAAAAAACAAACCACUGGACUUUGUUUUCCAAGUUUGAAGACGAUUUGCUUCCCAUCAGGAAGCUUUUUCAAUUCAAUAUGUCUGGAUAAGGGCUGAGUUCCA